AUGGCACCUCGACUGUGGAAGGGAAAGACAAUGGACAAUGUGGAGGAUCUGAAGGAGCGGAACACCGAGUCCGAUCCUGGUUCAAUGAUGAACGGCUUUAUGUCUGCGAUCUGCUCGGGCAUCGGUGGCAUUGAUGAACUGGGUAUCUCGGCCGCAGCUCGUCGCUUGUCGCAUGGAUGGGAGGAGGAUGAACAUGAUGAUGCACGUGCUUCUGGACAGGGCUCGCCCAAACAGCGGACACCCUGCCUUUUCGGCUCGGGGCUCUGUUCCGUUUCACCCAGCCGGCCGGCAGCGGAGAUAAUGGUGGCCCUCAUCCCAUGCCAGCCCAGGGUAGUCUUGGCACAUGCUCCCGAACGCCGACGCCGUUUUCUGUCUGUUGCCGGCGAGAUGUCGCCAUCAUAUGGCGGGAGUUUCCGCAGUCUCAAUCACAGGUCAUCGGCGCGCAACAGCUUCCUGACUCCCAAAGCUGGCAUCGGGCAGGCAGAGACUCGGGCGAGCGCGCAGCCGCGUGUUCAGUAA